AUGAAGUAUGAAAUCCACACACUCUUGGUGGCUGUCCGAAACCACUUGGUCCAGAUUCAAGAUAACUCCGCCCCUGCUCACGUUAUAAAGCAAUCAGGAAUAUACCCAGCUGUAUUCACUGAAGCUGAUAUCUAA